GGUUCUAUACUUCCUAAAAUAUCGAUUCGGCAGAGACGGAUGUUUUCCUCAUACAAUCGGCACGGCGCAAGAAACCCUCCGCUGCCGUGCGGGCGGGCGAAUCUAACUCCAGCACAGGAUGUCUGACAAGGGAUCACCUACCUCGUGGCUCGCAAGACUGGGACCAGAUCUGGAGGCUAGUAUAACAAGAUGGAUGCUCCCGGCGGAUUAGCGUUUGGAUGCCGACUUCCUAGACGACUUUAUUCCGGAUAGUUGCGAGCACCGAGUGCAGAAGGUACCUAUAGUUGGUUUCAUUAUCGCCCCCAAACAUACAGAAUGGGACAUUUCAUAUUACCCACUACAGUGGGCGACACUCCUGCGAUCACACGAGUUGUGCCUCUCGGUCUGCCUCUUCUACUCGUGAUUGCAAUUUCGUUUUCUGUCCUGCGAAAGCUGUUCCAGAAGAGCAUCCCGACUCCCAAGUUCGGCUUGCCGGUCAUUGGAGAUGCACUGGCGUACGGAAAGGAUCCUAUCACCUUCGUCAGGGAUGCAACCGCAAAAGUUGGUCCCGUCUUUCGUAUCAACAUGCUUCUCAAUAGUAUCAUCUUCUUGAGAAGAAACGAUUUGAACAAGAUGUACUUGGAAACCAGGGAAGACGUCUGGUCAUUCGGCGACGGUAUGGGCCUUUUCUUGAACAAGGUCGUGAUUCCUGGCUAUUUUACCCAUCUCAAGCGGAUGGUCAGCUCUCUCAACCGCGGGAUCAACAGAACCGCUGCUUUGGAGCACUACCGCAGCAUCGCGGCUGAAGAAGCGGAAAAGUCUCUUUCGAACUGGGCUUCCAAGACUGAUGUUGAGAUUUUUGAAGAAGCCUCUAAGUUUGCGCACAAGGUCAUCGUACGGUGUCUGAUGGGCCAAGAUUUCUACGAGAAGAACAUCGACGAACUUUAUGACUUGCUUCACCGUAUGGAAGCAGACAUUGGACACCCUUUUAACUUCCUCUUCCCAGACUGGGUUCCUCACCCCCCUGCGAAGCGAUUGGGAAAGGCCCGUGAUAGAGUCGCUGAGAUCUUCCACGAGAGACUGAAUGAGCGGGAGCAGAACCCCGAGAAAUGGCGCAACUCUCUCGACUACGUGUCUUACACGUUGAAUGAUGCCUCAACCGCACACCUGAAAGAGUUCUAUCCUGCUCACCACACUCUCCUUAUGUUCGCUGCUCAUACUAGCACGGUAGCCAGUAUUGCGUGGACCAUCAUCCAGCUGCUUCGAUCUCCAGCUCACAUGGAACAGCUGCGCGAGGCACUUUCUGACUGUCCCAACAUCCACAAGUCACCCGAGCUUCUGGCAGUCAUCAAGGAGACCGGUCGUCGCUAUUCUGGAGUCAACAUGCUCCGCCUAGCACGCCAGCCAGUGCAGCUUCCGGGAACAGACAUUACUGUUCCUACCGGGUCCGUGGUUUCCAUUUCACCAUAUCUGAUCCACCAUGACCCUGCGACCUACAAGGACCCCGAGUUGUGGGACCCCGAGCGCUGGCUCAGACCUAGUGAGGUUCCGGAGCAGAAGGGCUCUUCGAGGCAGGUGACAUUCCUUCAAUUCGGCGCUGGUUCGCACAGAUGUCCCGGCGAAAACAUGGCUGGAAUGAUAACUCGGGAGAUGAUCUCAACACUGGUCAAGAACUACCGUGUUGAGUGGGGAACUCACGGUCCACCAAAGGACUUUUCUAAGUUGGACUUUACGAAGAUUGGUAGCCCUUGGCUUGUGGGUGAUGCCGCGGUGAGUAUUAGACGUCUUGAGUAGACUGGCAUAUUGAUUUAUAGAACUUAUUUAUCGUUAUGUGAGAUUAUGAUUAUGAUUGAAUAUAGAGAUUAUUUUUACAUGUCAUGUCUUGCUGUGAAAUGAACAAUCUAGAUUGCUUGAUGAAACGUGACGAAAGGGCAGAGUUCAGGACUCGUCACUCAAUCACAGGUAGACUGCUUCAAACAUCAAAGCCGCUACAUAAUGCCCAAUUACAGGAAGUGUAUGA